CUCCUUAUCAUCUCUCUCUCUCUCUCUCUCUCUCUCUCUCUCUCAAUAUAUCACAUAUUCCACCACCCUACUUCCAAGAAUCCAUUUCAAAUCCUGUUGUUUUGUUGCUGACACAAAAACUUGCCACUUUUGAAAAGUCUCUUGCCAGCAUUGCAGGUUCUUUUGUUGGACUCCACAUGGGUAGGCAUUCUUGCUGUUACAAACAGAAGUUAAGGAAAGGGUUAUGGUCUCCUGAGGAAGACGAGAAGCUACUGAAUUAUAUCACUAAGCAUGGACAUGGGUGUUGGAGCUCUGUCCCUAAACUAGCAGGCUUGCAGAGGUGUGGUAAGAGCUGCAGGUUAAGGUGGAUUAACUACUUGAGGCCUGAUUUGAAGAGAGGAGCAUUUUCUCAGCAGGAAGAAAACUUGAUAAUUGAACUCCAUGCAGUUCUUGGCAACAGAUGGUCUCAGAUUGCGGCACAGCUUCCGGGGAGGACUGAUAAUGAGAUAAAAAAUUUAUGGAACUCGAGCAUUAAAAAGAAGCUGAGGCAAAGAGGCAUUGACCCCAACACUCACAAACCUCUCUCUGAGGUUGAGAAUGAUAAAGAAAAACAACUCGCGAACAGCAAAAACAAUGAGAAAGCCUCGUUUAUAUCUAAUAAUGAACUGAACCUCAUUGAGACAGCAAAUUCAAAGCCAUCUACUAUUUCUUCCAGCUCCAAGAUCACCUCUAAUAAUGAUCACAGCAGCAACUUGACACCCACUCCAUCAACCCAAGAAUUCUUCCUAGAUAGAUAUGCUGCCUCCCAUGAAAGCUCUACUACGAGUUGCAGGCCAUCUGAUUUGGUGGGGUAUUUGCCUUUUCAGAAGUUGAGUUACAGGCCUAAUAUAGGGCUUUCAGUGAAUCCAAACACGAGUAUUUGCUUUAACCCGAAUUCCUCCUCUUCUGAGAUGAUUUCUGAGUUCAAUUCCAGUACGACACCAAGUAUUCUCCCAUCCAUAUCAAACUCAAUGUUUCAAACUCCUAUCCGUGUAAAGCCUUCGGUGAGUCUUCCAUCCGAUAAUCCUUCUGUACGAUCUUGUGAUGUCAGUGGGGUCCAGAACUGGGAAGCCAGUAGCUUCAGUAACAAUGGCAGCAGCUGCAGCAAUGGAAGCAAUAGCGGUAUUGAACUGCAAAACACCACCACCUUCUUUGAGAGCAACGCCUUCUCUUGGGGGCUAGCGGAUUGUGGAAAACCAGGCGAGGAAGCCCAACUUCGCUCGCUCGAAAACGACACAGAAGACAUGAAAUGGUCUGAAUAUCUGAGCACCCCAUUUCUUCUUGGAACUGCAAUACAGAACCAAACAUCUCAACCUAUGUACAGUGAUGUUAAACCAGAAACAAACUUCAUAACUGAAGGGUCAAGUGGUAGUUGGCAACAGAACCACCAACACCAUCAUCAACAAGUUUCCCAGCCAUCGGACAUCUACGCUAAGGAUCUCCAGAGACUUGCUGUGGCUUUUGGACAAACCCUUUAGAUUGUUUGUGUUCAAUUAACAUUUGCAGAGUCUAAUUCAAACCCUUUUGGAAAAAAGAUGUCUUCUCGCUACAGGUGUGUGUUAUAGAAUUUUCUUUUCAUUUUGUAAAUGUUUCUGAUACAGAACUUUUGAGCUUUUCAUUACUUCAAAUUAUCUUUGCGAUUGAGCCAAA